AUGGCAUCCCUUCUUCGUCGGCUGCGCUCCUCGUCUCCGUCGCUGGUGCGCGCGGGCGGAAAAGAUGAUGUCGCGGCAGCCGACAUGUUUCUCGUGCAAAUCAUCGCGUUUGGCGAGGUCUUCGCCAUCCCCGUGUGCAAGACGACUCCGGUCACGGUGGUCCUGCGCCACGUGAUGGAGGCGGCGGUGACGGAGGAGCAGGCGGUGGAGCUGGGUAGCAUGAAGGCGACGCUGUACUACAAAGACACGCCACUCCCACUGGACGCGGCAAUGAAGAGUGUCCCACGCAACGCUGUCCUCCACCUGCACUCCAGUGUGUCUACCACCUCCUUGAUCGUCCGCGAUUGUCGGCACGGGGCCGUGUCGAUGCUGCCGAACUGUCGCCGGCGGGAUGCCAACACGACGGCCACGGUGCGGCCCUGCCUGCGGAGCAAGAGCGUCGCCGGUGGUGGCUCUGAGGGCACCGGCACCCCCGCCUCUCACCGACUCUCGUCUGGCUUUGCGGGCCUUUCUUCGGCGGUCAGCCCCUAUACAGAGCGGCAGGGGACUCCCGCGACCGCGGGACUUGGUGGCAACUCCGAGUCUGUCUCCUCCGCCUGCCACGACACGGGGCUGAUGAGUAUGGCGACGCUGCCGUUGAUGUCUACUGCUCCCGUCGCGGCGGCUUCGGGGACCGGCGACGUUGGUGAGGCGCGAUACUACUACUUCGUCCCCUGCGCAGGUGCCGCGACGCGAACUCCGAUACAGCUGCUCAGUACUCCGAGCCGCACCGCGUCAGCGCUGUCGCUCAUGGCGAGCCGCCGCCGCGACAGCGCCGUUGACUUCGCGAACAGCUGCCGCUUCCCUCCGGCCGGUGUCAACCCUCUCGACACCGCCGCCAUCGCCGCGGCUGAACCGUUGUUGUUCUCCCCUCUCCCUUCGCCACCCAACGCGGCUGCCGUCGCCGCCACCGACCGUCUCACUGGCAGCAGCGACAAGUACUUACUCGCGUACCUGCGUUUGCCACGCGACAAGGCAGCCGCCUACAUGUCUGCCGCCGCCCUGAACGCUGACCGCAAUAUUCUCGCGGAGGCGGUGGAGGUGGACGAGGUGCCGGUCGAGGCACUGCUGGACGCGACCAUGUCGACCGUCGCGACCACCAAAUCCCGUGCCACCAGGGCGUGCGCAUACCGCCGUCUGCGCGUGCCGCAGGACUUCCCGGUGGGCACACUGCGCGAGCUGUUCGCUGUGGCGCCCGAGCACCGCCUGUACGUCGCUCAUGUCGAAGUGGAGGAUGAGCAGAAAACCUUCCGCGAGAUGCGCGUGGCGCCGAACACCGUCUUCUACUUCAAGAGGCGAGUUGAGGCCGGCAGCAACGCGGGGACGGAGCAGAAGGAUCCCCAACGCUCUCUGACUUGCGAGCGCAUUCGCGAGCACCUCGCUGCCACCGCGACAGUGCCGCGGCCGCUGGAGAUGGCGAAGGAUGACAGCAGCGCUGAGAGGUGCCCCAUCCCUUGCCACAUCGAGCCGGUGCGUCUUUCGGCGGACCAGCCCUUCCCUUCCGCCUCUGCGCCCGUGCUCUCCGGCACCGUGCCGAGCUCUCGCGCCCACAACUGCACCCAGAGCAGCGCCAGCAUCAGCACCACCUCCAACGCCCUCUCCAUUCGGGGGUGCGUCGGUGCCUUCAACGAGGGCGCUGCGCUCAACCCCACCUACGGCGCAGGGCAGUCCGUCUGCGUGGCGGACGGCAAUGCGGAGGCGGCCUCGGUGGCUGCGUCCACGAACCGGCACGUCGUGGAGGGCCACGAGCUGACUCUGUCUUCUGCCAUGACCGCCGAGUUGGCCGCGCUGCGCACUGAGGCGGAGACGACGGCGCCUCAGCAGUCGUCCAAGCAACAACACCGCAGCACAGAGCGCGACGACCCACUGACUGCCAUUUCGCCGGGGGACAUUGAGGCGGCGGAGGCGGAGGAGUCGUGCAUCGACGUGGACUGCUGUUUGGCAGACAAAGAAGGAGAAGAGGCAGCUGCCGCCACACCCACUGCGACGCAUCGUGCUGCUACACCCCAAGCUGCUUCGGUGUCACAGGUCACUUCCACGACUGCCGCCGCUGCUCCCGCCGUAGAAGCUGCGGCAUCGCAGCAGACAGCGAGGAGGGCGUAUCGCCUGCACCGUCGCUCCCCGACCGCGGCGGCGGCGGAGAAAACGCGCAGCAACGCGCUCCAUUGCGAGGAGGAGGUGCUGGCGAAGGCAGCGCGCACGACUGCAUCCACGCGCUCGCCCAAGGCGCGGCGGGGGUCGAUGCUGGUAGCCAAGAUGCACGACGCCCUACGCAGGCACCGAACCAACAGCACCCCGGUGCCCGCGGCCCUGACGCCAUCCCAUCACGCUCGCGAGGGGCCGCAGUCGCUGUUCGCAACUGAUGCUCUGCAGCCGGCCGUCGACGCCGGUGAGCCGUUCGACCCGCUUGCCGCACGCGCCGAUGGGGUCCCGCUUCGUCUACCCCAUGUCGCUGACGAGGUGGCUGACGCAAAGCCGAAGCGAAGGCCGGCAAAGGAAUCAAACAAAGAGCCGGCGACGGGAAAGAGGGCAACGCCGUCGUUCGAUGGCGCCCCAGCGGUGAGCCGCACAGCCUCGACGGGGCCGUCGACAGCGAAGAUGAACGUUUCUAACAGUGCCUCGCCUUUUCACCCCGUGCGACGGAUGUCGUCGCGCCAGCGCAAGGCGCACGGUGAGAUCAGGUCUUCCUCGUCCGGCAAGGAUGCGUCCAUCGCCCCCUCACUCGUCGCCACGUCUUCGUUGACGCUGUCCACCUCCGAGGAGGUCCUGAAGGCAUUGAGGCGCGAUUCGGCGCACCUCAGCAACACGAAGAAGUCAAAGGAAGCGGCCGAGACAGCGCCAGCUGAAACAACUGCCUGGACGCCGUUAUCGGCGGCGAGAGCAGCCGCCACAGCCGAAUCGGCGGAGCGAGGUAGGGCGGAGGUGGGGGACACACCUGGGCAACAGAAGGUGAUUCCAGAGAACGGCAGCCCCUCAUGCGGUAGUGGCGCGUCGUACGGUCGACGCAAUCGCCGUGCAAGCGUGAGUAUGCCGUGCCAGCCUGUUGCGUUCCUCGGCUCCGACCCUGGGCAAGCAGCCAGCAUCACUUUGCCCGCCGAGACGGCCCCAGCUGCUGUAGACAUCAGCACAACGCUUGAACCAGCCGUGCUUAGCUCCACGCGUGUCCCUACCCCACCUGAAUCACAGACCCCUGCGCCGAUCCUCGUCUCCGCUACACAGGGGCAGCGCAGCGGCCGGCAGAGCAACAGCGGCACCCCCGGGAGCUGCUCGCUUGAGCACGUAAACCCGACCCCGUCCGUGUGGCGGCGCAGAGAGGAGAGCGGCCCCCUGGAGUACAGUGUCGAGAGUCCCAGCAGCGCGCACCGGCUGCGCAUCACUCUCAAGGAUCCGCAAGACCCCACACGCUUUCACUACGGCGUCCCCGUCGAGCCGGACUGUCCGGUUGGGGCGCUGCGGGAGUGGGUUGCAGCGGUGCAGCGACUGAGCAGCGCAGUGGGCGAGGGCGAGCCGGACCUGCGCGACACGAACCGCUACGGCAUCUUUCUGGGCGACAAGUACCUGUCGGAGGCGGACUCUGUCACCUUCGCUGAGGUGACGUGCGGUCGAAAUGACAGCGUCUUCUCCAUUCGCCCCCUGUAG